AUGGAACUGAAACAGCCGCCUGGUCGGUGGAUAAGAUCGUCCCUUCGCUUCGUCAGUGCUUUGCUAUUUCUUUCAGCGAUUAUCUACGGUCAAAGUUUCUUAAUAGUUCAGUGCUGGCAACAGUUUUGGAUUUCUUCAAGUGUCCUUUUCCAGUCGCAGUGGAGAAAGUUUCUUCAAUUGUUCGGGGAUGACGACUAUUAUUUGUACGUCUGGGGAUGUGUUUUAUCCAUUCUAGUUCCGUUUUGGGGUGCUGGAAGUAUCUUCGUUUUUAUGGAUUAUUACAGUUGGCCUAAAUGGAUUCUCAAGUACAAGAUUCAACCGGGCACCAACGAGCCGGUUGAUUUCCGGAAAGUCAUUCAGACCGCAAAGGUGGUGUUGAUCAACCAGUGGUUUCUUACUGUCCCACUUUUACACAUCAACUACUAUGUCAAGAAAAUGAACCACACCAUGCCAGAUUUCUCCGAAUUACCUACUCUGCAGCGUCUGUUCUUUGACUUGGCCGUGUUUCUUGUAAUCGACGAGGUUGGGCUCUAUUACGUUCACAGAUUACAACAUCACCCGAAAUUGUACGCGGCAGUCCACAAGAAACAUCACGAGUGGAACGCCCCAAUUGCCAUCGUAUUCACGUAUAGCACCCAAAUGGAAUAUCUGAUGACCCUACUUCCUGUCAAUAUACCCGCUAAAAAUUGUUUGUGGUUUCGUAAGGGCCCACACAUUAUGAACCCACACAUAGUCACCUUGUGGAUAUGGUACGCCCUAGUCCACCUGAGAGGCAUCAAGAACCACAGCGGUUAUCACUUCCCGUGGUUUAUGUGGCCGUCAGCUCAUGCGCACGACUUCCACCACAUGACGAGCAACAGUUGCUUCGGUAAAUCCCUUGUGCUUGAUCGACUCCAUGGAACGGACAAGGCCUUCCGCGUUUAUAUGGCUCGCAAGAAAGAAACAGAAGAACAGGAGCGUGUAACUCAAAUUUCCAAUAAGUUGAAAUGAAAAGGGAGUUCGGAUGUGUCGAUCGCAUUCGUAGCUUCGGAAUUCCUUUAAAUAUUUCUAAUAAAAGCCUACAUGUUGCGGGGAUUAUAAUCGCAUCGUAUUGCCUGAUAAGUGAUAAACACGUCGAUAUUUGUUUAAUGAAUAAUUUUUAAUAACAAUUAAAAAGUAAAAACAUUGUAUAAUUAAAUGACUUGACGUGGAUGCUGGUCGUCUUUUCCUAAACGAGUAUACUUUGAGCGACUUUGAAGUCAUGCGCAUUCACGUAUAUUUUUAUUAAAAUCGCCUGUAUCGCAGAAUCAAUCCGUAUAGUUUUGUAGAUAGGAGAUGAUGAACCUCCUAUAUGAAUUGUAACUGUAUACGCUAGUGGUCUACCUUUUUUUUUUUUAUAAUUGUUGUCUGAAAAAAACGGACACAAAAUAAAUGGGGAUUAAAAG